CAUUAAAUUUGAAAAUCAACAACUCCCACCGGCAUCAUAUAAAGCAAGCGCCCUCUAUAACAAAGCAAAACCACUUCAAAUGACGUUCUCGUCUGGUGACAAAACUUUAGUUCUAGAGGCAAUGAUUUGGUGUGACACUCAUCAUUCUGGCAAUCAUUGUCAGCAUACAUGUAGCCCAAGAGGAAAUAAGAUGUGUGACGAGAAUGGACACUUGGUUUGCAAGACAGGGUACCAUGGAAAUACCUGCAUUGAUAUAAAUGAAUGUCAGGGUUUAAAUCCUUGCACGAAUGGCGGGACAUGUCAUAAUACUCCAGGAUCAUUCACUUGUCAAUGUCUCAAAAGCUGGACUGGACGUUUAUGUGACGUUGAUGUUGAUGAGUGUUCUUUACAACUUUGUACAAAUGCCACAACUUGUACGAACACUCCUGGGUCAUUUCACUGCCGUUGUGAACGUGGAUUUCGUGGACAUUAUUGCACAGAUGUUGACGAAUGCAAACUCCCAAUAAAGUUUUGUCAACACAAUAGCACAUGCUUGAACACAUAUGGUUCCUAUUCAUGCAUAUGCUCCGAAGGUUAUUUAGGAAACAGAUGUGAACAAUGUCAGUCAUGUGGUCCUCACAGUGCAAAUUGUACAAAUAAGAAUGGUAAUUUAACUUGUAACUGCAAAGAAGGUUGGAAUGGUAAAACUUGUCAAAACGAUAUAAAUGAAUGCCAAACUAAGCCUUGUCAUAAUGGGACAUGCAAUAAUAAACCCGGUAAUUACAGCUGCACAUGUUAUUCAGGGUACACAGGGAGAAACUGUGAAAAUGAUUUUAACGAGUGUUUAACGAUUACGUGUGCUAACAAUGGUACGUGUGUCAACUUACCUUACCCACGGAGGUAUAGAUGUGAUUGUGCGCCAGAAUGGGAUCCUAAAAGCCGUUGUCAUCAUCAUAUAGAUGAAUGUAAAUUAAACCCUUGUAUUCAUGGAAAUUGUUCAAAUAAAAAUGGAAACUACAUUUGUACCUGUAAAACUGGUUGGACUGGUAAGAAUUGUGACGUCUGGGACAGAUGUAAAGAAAAUCCAUGCUUAAACAAUGGAACCUGUUCCAAUGAACCUGAGAAUAACUUUUGCACAUGUGCUGACGGUUGGGCGGGGGACAAUUGCUCUGCUGAUAUAGAUGAGUGUAAUACUAGUAAUCCUUGCAAGAACAAUGGUCGAUGCACAAACAUAAAUGGUGGGUAUAUGUGUGUAUGUGGAGCCGGGUGGACGGGCCAAAACUGUACAGUAGAUGUUAAUGAAUGCAGAAAGUAUAAUCCCUGUAAACACAAUGGCAGUUGCAGAAAUACACAGGGGGGAUACUCAUGUCAAUGUGAAAAAGAAUGGACAGGGAGAAACUGUUCAGUAGAUGUUGAUGAAUGCAGUAAGCAUAACCCAUGUCAGCACAAUGGCGUUUGCAGAAACACACAAGGAGGAUAUUUAUGUAAUUGUCGUACUGCAUGGAUGGGGGAAAACUGUUCAGUAGAUGUUGAUGAAUGCAGUGAAAAUAACCCUUGUAAUAAUAAUGGCAGAUGCAGGAAUACACAAGGAGGAUAUGCUUGUCAUUGUGGAAGUGCGUGGAUGGGACAAAACUGUUCAGUAGAUGUGAAUGAAUGCAUCUCACAUAAUCCCUGUAAAAAUAAUGGCAGAUGCAGGAAUACGCAAGGAGGAUAUGCUUGUCAUUGUGGAAGUGCAUGGAUGGGAAAAAACUGUUCAAUAGAUGUUGAUGAAUGCAUCUCACAUAAUCCCUGUAAAAAUAAUGGCAGAUGCAGAAAUACGCAAGGAGGGUACUCAUGUCAAUGUGAAAGAGGUUGGACUGAACAAAACUGUUCCACUGAUAUCAAUGAAUGUCAUAAUAAUAACUCAUGCCAAAAUCAUGGUCAUUGUACCAAUACCCCGGGAGGAUACACAUGUCACUGUACCAUUGGGUUUACGGGGGAAAAUUGCACAUCUGACAUCAACGAAUGUACCAAUAACAAACUUUGCCAGAAUAAUGGAACUUGUCAUAAUAUCAAAGGAGGAUAUACGUGCACAUGUCCUCAAAAUUGGACCGGCAAUAACUGUGAACAAGAUGUCGAUGAAUGUCACGGUCCUUCUCCUUGCAAACAUAAUGGAACUUGUAUAAACACAAUCGGUAGUUAUUCAUGUAAAUGUCCGACAAAUUGGAAGGGAAGUCACUGUGAAACUGUGAAUGAAUGUGGUAAAAUAGAUAUGUGUAAAAACAAUGGAACAUGUAAAAACUUAAACGGUGGAUAUACGUGUGCUUGUACAGCUGGAUGGACAGGCAAAACGUGUAGCUUUGAUAUUAAUGAGUGUAGACUUCAUAAUUCUUGUCAAAAUAAUGGCCUCUGCGCGAAUACUCCGGGCGGGUACUCUUGUCACUGUGACAUUGGAUGGACUGGAAAAAACUGCUCAGUUGAUGUUGAUGAAUGCCUUACUGACCAUUCCUGUACACAUAAUAGUACAUGCAAAAACGUUAUAGGAGGAUAUAUGUGUACAUGCGAUGCUGGGUGGACUGGCGUAAACUGUUCUCUGGAUAUCAAUGAAUGUGAGGUAACUGUCCCAUGUCAAAAUAAUGGGACAUGUAAAAAUACAAAUGGGGGUUACUCAUGCACAUGUCCAUUAAGCUGGAAAGGAGAUAAUUGUGAGAUUAGCAUAACAGAUUGCAGUAAUCUACCAUGUAAGAACAAUGGAAGCUGUUCAUACACAAAUGACGGAUACACAUGUAAGUGUUCCAAAGGCUGGACCGGCAGAAAUUGCGAAUAUGGCUUAUCAUCAAAUUUUAAACUAGAGGAUGCGAUAAAGCCAGACUGCACGGAUUUUGGAUGGAAUAUUUCUGUUGAUAUGUCAGUACUAAAACAAUUAUAUCCUGGUAUCACGAUCAACAAUAUUUUCUUCGGUGACAACUCCUGUAAGGGGAAAUUGGUAGAGAGUAUUGUGUUAUUUUCGCAAGGAUUUCAGGACUGUCUAACAGCGGAAAGGAUAUCAGGCGAUACGAUAAUAUAUGAAAAUGAGUUGUUUUAUGCAAUCUACGAUCCUAUUCAUCCAUUUAUUAUUAGACAACACAAAUUCACAUUUGGAGUUGAAUGUGACGUCAGUCGUAAUGAAGCGACGUCAUCACACGUACAUCAUAAUGUUGAAACGCACCAUUCGGCUGUUCUUCAGCAUUAUAGUAUAAACAUGGCAUUUUAUAAAGACCAAGGUUAUAUAGAUAAACUGCCAGGAAACCCAAUACAAACCAACGUUGGGGAUGAUAUAUAUGUCAAAGUGUUCACUACGGCUACUGACUGGAAUAUAAAAAUGAGGUUACAUACAUGUUAUACGAGUCCCAAUCAACCAACGAAGAAUUUAAUUUACUACAUUAUCAAGGAUGGUUGUGAAGUAGAUAGUAAUACUCAUAUCAUAUCGCAAUCAACACAUGAGACAAGAUUUGUGUUUCAAGAUUUUGAGUACUCCACCGAUAGAGAGGGUCUUAAUAUCAACUGUAACGCUACAUUUUGUGAAAGUAAAGAUUUUUCUCCUGGAUGUUCUCAGUCAUGUCAGCCAGAUAAUACGCAGACAUUCAUUGGGAAAUAGAUCAAGCAAUUCAUUUGUGAAACAAACAUUUGAUUAUUAAUUUGAUAUUAAUUUUAUAAUAGAUUC